AUGGAAAGAUAUACAAGACUUAUUUAUAAGUACACUCUUGGAGAAGAAAAAUAUACCUUUAUUGAAGAGGUUAAAAAUCCAAAAUCUGUUAUGAUAUUGGUUAAAGGACCUAAUUCUCACACAAUUGCGCAGAUUAAUGAUGCCAUCUGUAAUAAAUUGCGAGCUAUAAAGAAUGCAAUUGAAGAUAAAUGUAUAGUAUUAGGAGCAAAAGCAUUUCAAGUUGGACUUUCAUCUCACUUGAAUAAAUUUAAAAGUUCAGUCAAGAGAAAGGCCAAGAUGGAAGUUUAA